AUUCACACCACCAUCAUCAACCAUGACGACGAAUGUCCUGCUGCGUAUCAAGCGCAAGCGAAACGACGAGCCUGUGGAACAACUGGCUGUGCAUGGACAGCAUGAUGUCCAGAAGAAGAUGCGACUGGAAGAUGCCUUGAGCAGUCUGUCCAUUGCACGCGAAGGUGACACCUCCACGACGGCAACCACAACAACGUCGACGUCGAUCUUUGUGUUUUCGCGCAUUGAUACCGUGUCGUCCACGUCCAACGACAAGCAACUACAUCGGCGCUUGGGAAAGAGUGUCCAGCGCUACCACACGGAAGUCCUGAAGCGACAUCAAGUGCUGACAACGUCGAAAGUGACCACGAAGGAACAGCACCAAGCCCACCGACAGCAAAAACGAGCAAGUCGCAUCUACCAAGGCCGAGGGCUGAACGUCGUCGACGUGGACUUCCCGCGCAUCGACACAUGCGACGAGAUUGUCGUCAACGACUUGCCGCUCCAAGCCCGAGCCACGAAGCGCGUCCUGAACCCCAUGGAGCGCAACAUUGACGAAGCCAUUUGGAUCGCAUUUCAACGCAACGACUUCAGCGUGUUCUUUCAAGUGCGCCAUCAGAUUCCCCGCGCGCUCGAGUUCCAACGACCGGCGGACGGCGGCACCAUCCUCAUGGCGGCGGCCAUGCACAACCGCGUCGACGUGAUCGAGCAGCUCCUCGCACUCAACUCGUCCUGCGUCGUGUUGCGCGACUGGCAUGGCAAGACGGCCGCCGACAUUGCAACAGAUCAAGGCCACUCGGCCGCCGCCGUGGCCCUACGCGCUUGCGAAGCCGUGGAAACAGACAAGGACUACGUAUACGACGUGUACAGCAUCGAUCUCGGUGCGACACAGAGCAGCACCACGUCGCAGAUAAACGUCAACCUGCCCGUCGUGACAGUGAGCUCGUCAGUGGAGAAAUGGUUGGCCCACGAGGCGUUUGGGGACUUGGACGGUGAAGACCGCGACCUGGUGUACGACGUGGACAGCGACAACGAAGUGCUCGAGUUCGUCGUUUCUAUACUUUUUUACAGUAUGUAUGUAUGACAUUGGGCUGGCUUGUAGAGAUGAUGUUGAUUCAAACGACGAAGAUAACAUUGGCAACGACUACCCAGACGAAGAAGACUCCGACUCGGACGAGUCUGACGACGGCGGGGACCACGAAGGAGAUCCUUGGUCCAAGCAACACCGCGACUUGGACGAUGGCGAAGAUUAUUAACUGUAAAUCGAAACGAACUAUUUGCACA